AUUUUUUUUUAGUUUAAACUAGAAGCCUAAAUUUAAGAGAGUUGACCAUAGUCAACAUUUGAGUAAACAAGCUUAGAUUCAUGAUCUGAAGGUUUCAAUAGGUUCGUAUAGUGAAUUUGGGCUUGUGUGUAUGUUCGGAUGCGGACUCGAGGGGCUCGAAGGUGAGUCGGCACCAUUAGAAUCCAUUUUGCUAUUUCAUAUUUUCUGGUCAACAUUUUUGUUUUGCUUAAAGGUUGUUGGAUUUGGAUUUUGAUUACACCGUCAGUUCCAACUUGUACUUGUGACCUUUAGGAACUGAUUUUAUCAAAUUCCGACUUGUAUUGAAGAUUUUAGGCACGUUCUUUCUAAGUGAUGAAUAAUGUGAUGACCCGGCCAUUUUUAGUUUUAGAAGUCUGAAUCAUGUUCCGAGAAUUCAGGUAGCCUAAGAUAGUUAUUUGAGACUUGUCUGCAAAAUAUAAUUAGAUCCCGUGGUUCAUAUAGGUUUUGGACACAUUCCGCAUAUUUAUCGGAGAUCAAAAGUGCUCACUUUUGACAAACGUGAAGAAUCAAAACUUCUAAAAAAUACAUUUAAAAGAGUACCUUGAAGGUACCUCUCAAAGUAAGAGGGCAUUUCUGUCAUUUACCAAUCUAUGAAAUUGUGUAAAUCUAAUCUAAUAAAUUAAUAAAGUAUUAAAGUCAAAUACUUUAUUUUAGUUCAAACAUCAUCCUUUCUUACAAACCAAGAUUUAUUGAAGAUACAAAAAAGUUUUUUAGUUGUGCUGACAUAAGUGUUCCAGCCAACUUAACAAACAAUUGAAUACUUUUUUCCAUCCUCAAUAUUAAACUAAAUUUCAUGGUAAAAUUUUCAAGAAAAUCCAUUUUCCAUAGCUGAACAUGAUGAUCAAGAAAGUUGAGAAAAUUUGUAUAGCACUUUGCUUUAAGUUUCUUCUAAUAGUUGCAGUUGCAGACACAAUACCAACAACAUUAGAUGGACCAUUUAAGCCAGUCACUCAAAGAUUUGAUCCUUCAUUACGUAAAGGUAGUGAUGAUUUGCCAAUGGAUCAUCCAAGGCUUAAGAGAAAUGUUACUUCUUUUUUUCCAGAACAGAUUGCUCUUGCCUUGUCAUCAUCUCCAUCUUCAAUGUGGGUUUCUUGGGUCACUGGGGAAGCUCAGAUUGGUCUAAAUGUGACUCCACAUGAUCCAACAACAGUGGCAAGUGAGGUAUGGUAUGGGAAGAAAAGUGGGAAGUACACAUGGAAGCAAACUGGGGAUUCAGUGGUUUACAGUCAGUUGUAUCCAUUUGAAGGGCUGUGGAACUACACCUCCGGCAUCAUUCAUCAUGUGAAGAUUGAUGGUCUUGAACCCGAAACGAAGUAUUACUACAAGUGUGGGGAUAGUUCUUUAGCAGCAAUGAGUGAGGAACUUGAAUUUGAGACCUUCGCAUUGCCUACACCUAACAAGUAUCCACGACGAAUAGCAGUUGUUGGCGACUUGGGCCUUACAAGCAAUACAACCACAACCAUUGAUCAUCUCAUAAUGAAUGAUCCUUCCAUGAUUUUGAUGGUUGGAGAUUUAACUUAUGCGAAUCAAUACCUUACAACUGGUGGUAAAGGAGCUUCAUGUUAUUCUUGUCAGUUUCCAGACGCACCUAUAAGAGAGACAUAUCAACCUCGAUGGGAUGGAUGGGGAAGAUUUAUGGAACCUCUGAUCUCAAGAGUUCCAAUGAUGGUUAUUGAAGGAAACCAUGAGAUUGAGCCUCAAGCAGCAGGGCUAACAUUCCAAUCGUACUUGAAAAGAUUUUCUGUUCCUUCAAAGGAAUCUGGCUCUAACAGUAACCUUUACUACUCUUUUGAUGCUGGAGGAGUCCAUUUCAUCAUGCUAGGAGCCUACGUUGACUAUAAUCAGACCAGUGCUCAGUAUGCUUGGCUUCAGGAUGAUCUGGAAAAAGUAGAUCGUCGCGUGACUCCUUGGCUUGUGGCUGCAUGGCAUUCUCCUUGGUACAAUAGCUAUUCAUCACACUACCAAGAAUUUGAGUGCAUGAGGCAGGAAAUGGAAGAAAUACUAUAUACAUAUCGCAUUGAUAUAGUUUUCUCUGGUCAUGUGCAUGCAUAUGAGCGAAUGAAUCGAGUCUACAACUAUACCUUGGAUCCAUGUGGCCCUGUUUACAUAACAGUAGGAGAUGGUGGUAAUAUUGAGAAAGUCAAUGUUGAUCAUGCAGAUGAUCCUGGGAAAUGUCCUUCACCAGGUGACAACAUUCCAGAAUUUGGAGGUAUAUGUCACAUGAACUUUACCAGUGGACCUGCCAAAGGAAAUUUUUGCUGGGACAAACAGCCAGAAUGGAGUGCAUAUAGAGAGAGCAGCUUCGGCCACGGGAUACUGGAGAUGGUAAAUUCAACUCAUGCGUUAUGGACUUGGCACCGCAAUCAGGAUAUUUACCGUGAAAACAGUCAUGGUGAUCAAAUAUACAUUGUACGACAACCUCAAUCUUGCUCUGUUACCUCGAAGGUACCCUUUCAUCUACCUCAAAGGAUAGCAGGUUGAGUCCAUCAAUACCACCGGCAUUGGACACUGCAGCUGCAUGCUUAUCCUCUCUUCUCUAUUACAUAAUUUUGCCCGUCAUUAUCCUUAUUGGCCUUCUCAGCAACCACUGAGUUAUUGAAAGUUUUGCGACAAAAUUGAAGCACUAUAGUGAUUAUGCGACGAGAUUACAUAUAUUGGCGUUGUCAAUGGCGGAUUGUACAGUAUUGUUAUCUCCAACCUCUGUACUAUAUGGAUGUUUCGCUUUGGAAACACAAACUGGUGUUCCCUUGUUUAUAUGAAGCUGGAGGAUAUUCUUGUGAAAUGUGAUUUGUUGCGUGAAAA